AUGGACCGAGAAUCUAUUCACACGAAAGCAGGCCAGCUCCAAGACAUUGAUGAUAAAGGACGAAGCCACUAUGUUCAAAGUGCGGCAGAAAAGAGCCUUGUCCGCAAGCUGGAUUACAUCUAUGUCAUGCCCUUUAUUGCCGUUCUCAAUUUCUUGCAGUUCUUUGAUAAAUCAGCUAUUAACUAUGCCAGUCAACUGGGAAUUAUGCAAGAUACCCACAUUGAUGCUGAUCAACUUGGUUGGCUCGGAUCCAUCUUUUACCUCGGUUAUCUCUUGUACCAGCCCAUCAAUGCUUACUGUUUGCAACGUGUUCCUCUCAGCAAGUAUAUUGGUGGUUUGAUUGUCCUUUGGGGUCUUGUUCUCACCGUGACAUGUGAGGCCAAAAACUUUUCCCAACUUGCUGCGCUCCGUUUCUUGCUUGGUUUCUUCGAAGCCGGUAUCUACCCAUGCUGCGUUAUGUUGAUCAGUACGCUUUACCGCCGAAAGGAACAAGCCGGUCGUUUGGGUGCCGUAUACAUCUGUAACGGUAUUGCCUUGUCCGUUGGUGGUCUCGUCGGCUACGGUAUUGGUCACAUGAACAACGUCCUCGGAAAAGAUCCCUGGCAGUGGAUCAUGAUUAUUCUUGGUGCUGUUACCAUGCUUUUUGGUAUCAUCUGCUUCUUUGGUCUCGUUGAUACCCCCAAGUCUCGCUUCCUUCGUUUGACCAAGGAACAAGAAGCCAUUGUUGACGAACGUAUGCGCGACAAUGCCGUGGUUCGUACUGAAGUUAUCAAGCGUAACCAAAUCAUGGAAUCGCUCCGCGAACCUCGCUUCUACCUGUUCAUUCUCGCCUCCUUCCUUAUCAAUCUGCAAAACGGUGCUCUGAACACCUUCAGUUCCAUUAUUAUCAACGGUUUCGGUUUUGCGAACUUGGACGCUAUCUUGUUGAAUAUUCCCUCCGGUGCCGUUGACUGUGUGUACAUUGUUGCCGCUGUAUUGAUCAAUCGUUACUACGGUUAUACCUUGGUGACUGCGUGUGGCUUGCUUUGCUUUACCAUCCUUGGUCUUAUCCUUUUGUUGGUCAUUCCUUUGGCUCAAGCCAAGAUUGUCGGUCUUUACCUGUGCUGGGCCUACGCUGCUUCUUAUACUUUGCUUCUCGUGUCUGUGGCUAACAACGUGUCUGGCUACACCAAGAAAGCUUUCUACAGCAGCUGUAUCACCGUCUUGUACACCAUCGGUAACUUUGUUGGCCCUAAAAUGAUGGUUCAGUCUCAGGCCCCCUUAUACAUCGGUGGUAUGGUCGGUUAUAUUGUUGCUGACGCUCUUUGCAUUGCCUGUCUGUUGGGCGCUCACUGGUUCAUGGCUCGCUCUAACCGUCAACGUCUGGCCAACCCUCAGCCCAAUGCGGCGAUGUUUGAAGAUAUGACAGAUCAGGAAGAUCCUAAUUUCAUUUACCGUCUGUAA